CAACAAACCUGCAUGCACAAACAAGGACUGGAUCUUAACAGAAGUCAAACAGCUUAUGAAGGAUAUCAGGGAUAUCACUGAAGAGUGAAAGCUGUGAAUGUUUUCCUUUGAAAUGUGGAUACGUCAAGUGUUGAAGAUGGGUCACGGCGUAACGUUCCUGGUGCUGAUUUUAGUGCCGAUAUUUACUGUGUCACAUCAAGCAGAACUGCAGCAGGCUACAAACUAUCUAAAGCGAUACGGCUAUCUGUCUAUGUCACGUCUUUAUUCUCAAGAGCAAGAAGUGCCGUUGGAACAAAUAACUGAGGCACUGGGAAUUUUCCAGAAAGUGACAGACCUACCAGUCACAGGCAGGUUGGACAGCGCCACGUUAGCCAUGAUGAAAAAGCCACGUUGUGGCCUCGAGGACCCCUUUAACAACAAAACUCUCAAAUAUCGUAUACUGGGUUACUGGCGUAAGAAGAAGCUGACUUACCGUAUCUAUAACUAUGCUCCUGGUCUGGGAAUGGCUCAAACACGGGCUGCCAUAAAGACAGCUUUCAGGUACUGGAGUGACGUUACACCCCUCCAGUUCUACGAGGUCACUGAGGGGAAAGCUGACAUCAAAAUUUUCUUCCACAAGAGGGACAAUGUCUGUCCUGUUCCAUUUGAUGGACCAGGAGAUGUUCUGGCUCAUGCUGAAGGUCCAGAAUCUGGUAACGUGCACUUUGAUGCAGAGGAGCUGUGGACUGAGGGGCGAAACUAUGGAGCAAAUCUGAGAAUUGUAGCAGCCCAUGAGAUAGGCCAUGCCCUGGGUUUAGACCAUUCUCAGUAUUCCAGUGCUCUCAUGGGCCCUGUGUACACCGGUUACCGUGACAACUUCAAGCUCCAUCCUGAUGAUAUCCACGGGAUCCAGGCACUAUAUGGUAAACCAGAGGAACAACCUCCGAUUACCUCAGACUCACCUCCCCCUGAUCCCUGUACUGCCUCGCUGGAUGCUAUAAUGUUGGGGCCGUUCCACAAGACGUUUGCAUUCAGCGGAGACCAUGUAUGGACGAUAUCAGAUGAUGGCUAUAACACACCAAUACAGAUUAAGAUCCUGUGGAAGGAACUGCCUGGUUAUUUAAAUGCUGCCGUGCAUUCGCAAAGGACCAACAAGUCCUACUUCCUGAAGGGUGAUAAAGUUUGGAGGUAUUCCGGCUUCAAGUUGGACCAUGGUUAUCCUAAACUGCUUGCUAUCCCUCCAAACAUUGACGCUGCCUUUUACUCCCACAGCAAUACAAAACUCAUUUUUAUCAAGGACUUGGAGUACUGGCAGUGGGAUGAACUGGGUUCUCCUGAUGAACUGAAACAAUUUCCUAAACCCCUAUCCAAUCUCAUCCCUGGGUUGCCGUCCAAUCCAGACGCAGCGUUCACCUGGACUAAUGGUCACGUUUACGUUUUUAACGGAGACCAGUACUGGCGUGUGAGCCCCAGACGCUUCAUUGAGAAGGGUUACCCACUAAGCAUGAGAGAGCGCUGGAUGCAAUGCGGCCCUUAACCCACACACAGCAGUGAGGAUUUACACUUCACGAAGCAUUAAGCGUUUAGAUAUCCAAGUCAGAACUAUGAUUUAGAAAAUUAAAUAUAAACUGUAUAAUUGUUUUGCUGAAUUUACUAAAUGUGUCAUUCAUCUGCAGUUUUCCACUAUUAACCUGAGCACAAUUUUAGACAGGAUUUUUGUUUUGGUGCAUUAAGUGUAGAUACUGUUCUGUUUUCAAAUAGUUGCACAUCUUUUUUUUGAAUUCCAUGUUUAUCAUUGUUUUUACUUUCAGCGCAAAUUGCUUGCCAUUGACAGACACAAUCAAGCUCGGUUGUUUUUCGGUACACACAAGGCCACCGCAGUCUCCGCAAUCUGUCUGUAAUUUCAAAAGUGUUACAGAGUUCUAGGUAACAACAUACUGUAUAGUGUCUGUAUAAUAUGUGCAUGUGACUUCUAGAUAUUUCUUUAUAGUAGUCUACACUCUUACACAAAAGAACUCUGAAGAACCCUUUUCUAAGAGAAAAUGCAUUACGACCCGAACACAAUCAUCAAAGUCAAGAGAGAUGAUAUAUGAACAGCACGGUUUUAUUUCUGUGUCAAAGAAAUUGUUCUAAUGUACUAAAUACUGUAUAUCAUUAUAAUCCUUAGGGAAUGCAGUUGUGUAAAUAUAACCAGUUCCCGAGAGAGAGAGGAGAGCAAAUAAAUGCGAUCAUAAAGCACCAUA